UGCUCUUGAACAAGGAAUCAUAUUGCUGCAAGAACUUGCUGAAACAAAGAAGAUACGUUGGACAAAUGGGAAAUUAUAAAUCUAGACCAACCCAAACUUGCACUGAUGAGUGGAAGAAGAAAGUUAGUGAAUCAUAUGCUAUAAUCAUAGAACGUUUAGAAGAUGACCUGCAAAUCAAAGAAAAGGAGCUGACAGAACUGAAGCAUGUUUUUAGCUCUGAUGAAGCCUUCUGCAAAGUCAAUUUAAAUUACCGCACAGAAAAUGGGCUCUCUCUUCUUCAUUUAUGUUGCAUAUGCGGGGGUAACAAAUCACAUAUUAGAACUCUUAUGCUGAAAGGACUGCGCCCAUCCAGAUUAACAAGAAAUGGAUUUACAGCUCUGCACUUGGCAGCUUAUAAGGACAACACAGAAUUGCUAACUGCAUUGCUGCAUGGUGGAGCUGACAUUCAGCAAGUUGGGUAUGGAGCCUUGACAGCCCUUCACAUUGCCACAAUCGCUGGUCAUCAUAAGGCUGUUGAGAUUCUUUUGCAACAUGGAGCUUAUGUAAAUGUUCAGGAUGCAGUUUUUUUCACCCCAUUGCAUAUUGCUGCAUAUUACGGCCAUGAACAGGUAACCCACCUCUUACUGAAGUUCGGAGCUGAUGUGAAUGCAAGUGGUGAAGUGGGAGACAGGCCUCUCCAUUUGGCUUCUGCCAAAGGCUUUCUCAACAUUACAAAGCUCUUGAUGGAAGAGGGGAGCAAAGCUGAUGUGAAUGCUCAGGACAAUGAAGAUCAUGUUCCUCUGCACUUCUGCUGUCGAUUUGGACACCACGAAAUUGUGAAGUUCUUACUUCAGAGCAGCUUUGAAGUCCAGCCCCACGUGGUGAAUAUCUAUGGAGACACACCUUUGCACCUUGCAUGUUACAACGGAAAGUUUGAAGUUGUCAAGGAAAUAAUUCAGCUCUCAGGAACAGAAAGUCUCACGAAAGAAAAUAUAUUCAGUGAAACAGCUUUCCACAGUGCUUGCACUUAUGGAAAGAACAUAGAACUUGUAAAAUUUCUUCUUGACCAGAAUGUUGUAAGCAUUAAUCACCAGGGAAGAGAUGGACAUACAGGAUUACACUGUGCUUGCUACCAUGGUCAUAUUCGACUCGUACAGUUUUUACUGGAUAAUGGAGCUGAUAUGAAUCUUGUAGCUUGUGAUCCCAGCAGGUCCAGUGGAGAAAAGGAUGAGCAGACUUGUUUGAUGUGGGCUUAUGAGAAAGGUCAUGAUGCCAUUGUGACCCUUCUGAAGCAUUAUAAGAGACCUCAAGAUGAAUCACCCUGUAAUGAAUACUCACAGCCUGGAGGAGAUGGUUCCUAUGUGUCAGUUCCAUCCCCUCUAGGAAAGAUUAAAAGCAUGACUAAAGAAAAGGCAGAUGUUCUCCUCCUCCGUGCUGGUUUGCCAUCACAUUUCCAUCUUCAGCUCUCUGAAAUAGAGUUCCAUGAGAUUAUCGGCUCAGGGUCUUUUGGAAAAGUAUAUAAGGGACGAUGCAGAAAUAAAAUUGUCGCAAUCAAACGCUAUCGAGCCAAUACCUACUGCUCCAAAUCUGAUGUGGACAUGUUCUGCCGUGAAGUUUCCAUUCUCUGCCGACUGAAUCAUCCCUGUGUCAUCCAGUUUGUGGGAGCUUGCUUAGAUGACCCAAGUCAGUUUGCUAUCGUCACUCAGUAUAUUUCGGGAGGAUCGCUUUUCUCCCUGCUUCAUGAACAGAAGAGAAAUCUUGAUCUGCAGUCUAAGUUAAUCAUUGCUGUAGAUGUUGCCAAAGGCAUGGAGUACCUCCACAAUCUCACACAACCAAUCAUACAUCGUGAUUUGAACAGUCACAAUAUUCUCCUGUAUGAGGAUGGUCAUGCGGUUGUCGCUGAUUUUGGAGAAUCUAGAUUUUUGCAGUCCCUGGAUGAAGACAAUAUGACAAAACAACCUGGGAACCUACGCUGGAUGGCCCCUGAGGUGUUCACCCAGUGUACCAGGUACACUAUAAAAGCCGAUGUUUUCAGCUAUGCUUUGUGCCUCUGGGAACUAUUAACAGGUGAAAUUCCAUUUGCUCACCUGAAACCAGCAGCGGCAGCAGCUGACAUGGCAUACCACCACAUCCGCCCACCCAUUGGGUACUCCAUCCCCAAGCCCAUCUCUGCUCUGCUAAUGAGGGGCUGGAACGCCUGUCCUGAGGGAAGACCAGAAUUUUCAGAAGUAGUCACCAAAUUAGAAGAAUGUCUGUGCAAUAUCGAGUUAAUGUCUCCAGCCUCCAGCAACAGCAGCGGUUCUCUGUCUCCCUCCUCAUCUUCAGACUGUCUCGUUGCACGAGGAGGUCCUGGUCGUAGCCAUGUCGCAGCACUGCGUAGUCGGUUUGAGUUGGAAUAUGCCUUGAAUGCACGAGCUUAUGCUGUCUGGUCACAGAGCACUGGCCAACACCCUUCUCAGGGUCUGUCUUUGGAUGAUAUGAGAAGAAACUUCCAGUACCCACCAAUUGACAAAAACGGCUACGUGUCGGAUCCCAUGAGUACCAUGAGAUUCCAUUCCUGCAGCGGCAGUGGCAGCUUUGAAGAAAGCAGCUGAAAGCCUCAGCCCUCCACCUGUGGAGAGACUUGCCACCAACCAGCAGUAACAGCUCUCUCCGAUAAGCCCGGCUCCUGGGCACCAUGAGGGGUUCCUAAACUGAACGGCUUUAUUCGUUCAUGGCAAAUGUCCCUGUCAUAACUUCUGCUCUAGCAUCUUUCUCUGCUGUCCUGCAUGAGGGUGUAAGGGUUUUUGAUGGUAUGCAUAUGUUCCUUAACAAAGUGGAUGUCCACAAGGAAUGCUGCACUUACAUUUUGAGCAUUAAUAAUGAGAUCAAAUUAAAAUGCAUCUAUUAUAGUUUCAGAGCUCUGAGGCAAGUUCUCUUACCUUGGACCGCACUAAGGUGUGGGGCUAUCGGCCCCUCCUGACUGCUGGGUGCCAGACAGCUGCCAGUCCAGAUCCAUCAAGAAGAGGAGCAACCUGUUGCUCCCCACCACUAUCCAGGCCACUAUGGACACAAAGCUGUUCUUGCUCCCAGCUUCUGAACCAGCUCUACUUUCUUUUGUGAGUUCUCUGCAGUCCCAGGUGUGUCCCAUGUCUCAUUUUCUGCACCAUGGGCUCAGGCAGCUCCCGAGCAGAGUAGCCCAUGGCUUCAGAUCCAUGACCUAUGGAUGCUUUCCUGCUCACUGAGAAUAAAGAGAUGUUUGGAUGGCUGUUAUAACUGUAUUCUUCUAGACAUUUGUGUUUUCUUAUGACCUUUCUUGUUUUGGUUUGAGUGAUUGUUUUCCCCAAAGAGUGUAAGCUUUCAUUCAGUCAUUUCCUCACUAAAAGCAGUACAGGUACUGCAAAACAACUUUUAAACAGAAGGAAAAUAGGCAAAUCUAAAUCCCAAUCCAUAAAUGUUCAGUGCAGACAGGUAGAAUUGUGUCACAAAUGUGAUAAUCUUAAUGCAGUGCAAAGCUGCAUUUUUGACUCAAAGCAAACUGGCAGCAGAAGGCCAUUAGACACGAGUUUUGCUCCAAGGGCUGGGUGGCAAUGACCAGGCUUUGCACCAGCAAAGCUGAACCCUGGAAAGUAAAAAAAAAAUAUAAAAAGAGCUGGAGGAAACUCAAACUCUCGUCCUUGAAGCAAUUACAGAGUUAAUUGUACUCUUAUUUGCUGUAAUCUUUUCUCAAAUUAGCAAAAUUUAACUGCAAGCAAUCCUACUAUAAUAUUAUUCCCUGAGUUCAAAGGCACAACUGCUAUAUUGGCCAAGUGGAAAUCAGUGCUGCCAUGUGUUGCUCUCUGGAUAUUUUUCAGGAUAUUGGUCUCUUAGGACUACGAUCCCUGAAUCGAGGUCUGUGAUGAGGCAUCCCACAGUGUGACACAUGAACUAUAAAUGUGUAGUAGGCUCUCCCAACAGACAUCUUCUGCGCACACCAUUAAUUUCACAGUCCUGAAGCAAUGAAAAUGGGAAAGAUUUCACUUAGCAAGGCUUAGAGGUGUUUUUUAAUUUGUUUUGUUUCACUUGCUGAAAAAUCCAGUGAGAGGAAACUACAUCUCACUGUGACUGAAGUGUUGCUGUCAGCCCCCCGUAGCACCCAGCAGUUACCUUCUCCUGUGUUUGGUCCAUGUUUCAGUUCUGGUCUCAGCUGCAUGAGCAGUCACUGGGCUAAUGUAAAUGGUACAAUAAAUACACGGAGGGUCCUGGGAUGCAGCUCACUAGGGGACACAUCAGACCCUUUGUCAAAUCCCCCAACCCCCAUAAGAAGUGCAGCUGGGAAAAACAUCCCAUUGGUGCAAGUGGCCCUCAGUGAGCCUCCCAUCCUGCUUAUUUUUAGCACAAAGCAGAAAGCUCUAACUCUCCCAUCCUCACAAAAUGUCUCCGUAAACUCGAAAUCCCACCCAUGGCAGCCUUCUCACCCUGCAGUUGAGCCAGGUUUUUGUGACCAGAUAGCCCUCUCAGUUUAACACCUAACCACUGUGAAACUGAGGAAUUCAGGGCAGCAAAAUGAAGAGAGCAUUAGUACAGCCUCUGAAACUGACAUUUGUAAAUGGUGAGAUGGAAUGUCAACUGCCAUGUGUGAACACAAGAUUAACAACUAAGAUAACAAAAUAAAGUUCUCAGAAAUCACUGUUGGGCAAAAGCACUCUGAGGACAAAUCCUGAUGCUUCUCCAGCACUGAAUAAAG